AGGGGACGGUAUCAUAUUGGUGCUCUCCCCGAGAGGUGAGUCAGGGCCACGUGUUGGCUGGGUGGAUUUUCUUUCAGAUUGGAACUUGGAGAGCUGUCCUGCUACCAUGGCGAUGGGCCAAAUUGACACGCAGCCCCAGAGAUGUGCAUCAUCGCCACAAGAGAAAUCUGCAGUGCCCGGCACCCAGCCACGUCUCACCUGCACACCCACCUGCCCUCGAUGCGGUCCGACGCUCCCUGAUGACCUCGCUGGAUCCGGAAGCUCGAGUCAAGUACGCAGGACGGUGGACUCCAAACCACACGCUGCUACACCUUCAGACUCGUGCGCUCACCUGCUACUGGCCUGCCUCUCUUGCCAAUGCUCGGCGCUGCUGCUGGCCCCGCUGGAGGCCUGCGCGUCCGGCCUGCUCCGUCUUUGCGCCUGUUGCUGCGGUGCCUGCGCCUGCUGCUGCCAAGCGUUGCGCCCGACGCCGGCGGAGGAGCUCAACUGCCACUCGGUCCUCUUCCGGGAGCCGACAGAGUGCCUGGAGUUUUGUUUGGAGUGCUGCCUGAUUUGCCACCGCAGCUGAGAACUGAUAAUUAUUUCCUGUGAGCUUUUGUGGAGGGAAAAUAGAAAGAAAAAACAGCAAGUAGCUUUUCAAGUAUUAAAAUAAAUGUGCCAAGGCCAUUUAUCUGUCUCCUUGGACAGCCAACAUGGGACUCAUCAACUCAUUUUUAUUUAUUUAUUUCAAAACGACAUUUAUUUAGGAAUAAAAGAAUCCUUUUUACGCAUUAAGUGGCAUUUAAUGACUGACCGGGAUUUGAGGGACGCUCCUUGUUUGUUAUCGGAGAGCAAAGUGUCUUGUUAUCUUAUCGCGGCGUUGACUUGUGCGUGAGGAGGCGAGGAGCAGGGCGACGUCGAGCCUGUCAUCUCUCCCUUGAAUCUCUUCACGCAUUUAUCUUAGAGGAAAAAAAAAGAAGCUUUAAGUCUGCCUAGAUCUUCACGACGGAUGGCGGAUUCUUUAAAAGGACGUCAAGCGGGAUGACAGCACAGAGUAAACAGCCCAAAAUAAAACUGUGAGCAAAAAAAAAAAAGAAGACAACAUUGUCAAUCUGUCUGGAGGGCUAGCC